GAAAGAUGGAGGCGCUGCACCGGCUCAAGCAGUUCGAUGCCUACCCGAAGACUUUAGAGGACUUCAGAAUAAAGACAUGCGGCGGGGCUCUAGUUACGGUGAUCAGCGGCCUUAUCAUGCUUAUUCUCUUCUUCUCUGAACUCCAGUACUACCUCAGUAAAGAAAUCUAUCCAGAAUUAUUUGUCGACAAGUCUAGAGGGGAUAAGUUAAAGAUUAACAUUGAUGUUGUAUUUCCCCAUAUGCCUUGUGCUUAUUUGAGCAUAGAUGCAAUGGAUGUUGCUGGGGAGCAGCAGCUUGAUGUGGAACAUAAUUUAUUUAAGCAACGUUUGGAUAAAGAUGGCAAUCCAGUAACAACAGAAGCGGAAAAGCACGAGUUAGGGAAAGCAGAAGAGCAGGAGGUGUUCGAUAUGAAAAGCUUAGACCCUAAUCGUUGUGAAAGUUGUUAUGGAGCAGAGACUGACGAGAUGAGGUGUUGUAACAAUUGUGAUGAUGUACGAGAAGCAUACCGCAGGAAGGGCUGGGCGUUCAAGACUCCAGAUUCUAUAGAACAAUGUAAAAGGGAAGGCUUUAGUCAGAAGAUGCAGGAACAGAAGAACGAGGGCUGUCAGGUGUAUGGCUUUCUUGAAGUCAACAAGGUGGCGGGAAACUUCCACUUUGCUCCUGGGAAAAGCUUCCAGCAAUCUCAUGUACAUGUACACGACUUACAGAGCUUUGGCCUUGACAAUAUCAAUAUGACACAUGAUAUCAAGCAUUUGUCCUUUGGAAGAGAUUACCCUGGUCUUGUGAACCCUCUCGAUGGGACAAGCAUCGUUGCAAUGCAAGGUUCUAUGAUGUUUCAAUAUUUUGUAAAAAUUGUGCCGACGGUUUAUGUUAAAGUUGAUGGAGAGGUAUUAAGGACUAAUCAGUUUUCAGUUACCAGACAUGAAAAGAUAGCCAAUGGUUUAAUUGGAGAUCAGGGUCUUCCGGGUGUCUUUGUCCUUUAUGAACUCUCCCCAAUGAUGGUGAAACUCACCGAGAAGCACAGGUCUUUCACACACUUCCUAACAGGAGUUUGUGCCAUCAUUGGAGGCGUAUUCACAGUUGCAGGUCUCAUUGACUCUCUAAUCUACCACUCAACGCGUGCCAUCCAGAAAAAGAUUGAACUGGGAAAGACCACUUAAUUAAGCAACUCCAGGAGACCUCCCGACACGCAAGAGACUGCAGUAUCUCUCGUCAGCAAAGUGUGGAUGCCAGGAAAGGGACAUUUAAAUGACCUGGAGAAUGUGCGCGCUGCAAAAACAUUAAAUGUUGACUUUACAAAA